CAUGUCGAAGUAAUUCCUCCCCAAUCACAAGGCUGUUUCCGUCAAUUUGACAUCCCCUAAUUACGCGGCGAAACUUUACUUUCACCCGGAUCAACCUUGCCAAAUCAGAAAUGCGGUUAAACAAGAUGAUCUCACCCAGUCAAUUUCCAAUUUUACCCCUCCAAUGACCUUUUCCGACCAUCAUCGUACUUCUCACAAAUUUGUCUCUUUCUCUCAUUCUGGCCUAUCAAUCAACAUCUUCAAAAAUCGGUGGAUAACAACACAAUCACAUCGAAGCUAGCUUUACUUCAACUACUAGACUAUAACCAAAACCCUAACUCGUUCCUUCGACGAGUUUCAGCGAGUUCGCUCAAAGCGAUCAUGAGUCGAAUCAGAAGAAUCGAGCUCAUCAAGCCAUACACCUACACCUACUACCCCUCCUCCUCCUCCAUCCUCCUCAGAGAAACCUCCGUUUUCGCUCCCAAAACCCUAGCUUUUCCUUCCUUCUUCGACGAAUUGGAAGACUGCGAGCUUGGUUUCGGUCUAGGUCUCGAUCUUGUGAGCCCAAGCCUUAGCCCCUUCGAGCUCUUCGACAAUGUCACCGAUCUGAUCCGCGUUGAGAAAACGCCGUCGUUCUCGUCGUACCGGCGAAUUCAGCGGGUCGAGAGGCUAGGAGCCGAGGUUUUCCUCGAGAGGCUGAGCGACCGAGUCAGCGAGUUGGAAUCGCGCUUCGAUCGGCUUGCGAGGAUCGGCGCCGCCGGCGCCGAAGAUCGGAAGUACACGUGGACUGCGGAGAUAAAGGCCCCGGCGGCGAAGUACGUCACCGAUCGGAAGUACAAGUUGACGGCGGAGAUCAGAGACGGAAAGAAGGAGAAGAAGGAGCAGGGGAGUGGGAAGACUUACAGAUGGACGGCUGAGAUCGAGGGAAAAGGAUCGGACGGUCCGAUCUCAAGGACGUACACGUUUAAAGCAUCGACUGGCGGUGGAAACGAGUGUAGCGAAUCCAAGACGAAGGAGAAGAAGAAGAAGAGUGAUAAGAGCGAGAACGGCAGGCGUGUGGUGGUGAUUGAAGAGCCUGAUGAAGCAGAUCAUGGGGCUGUAGUUCUGAGGCAGGCUUUUGCCAAGAGAAUUGGGGGAAGGAAUGAUAAGGGUAAGAAGAAAGAACUGUCCCCUCUGGACGCAGCAAUGAUAAUCCAGAUGAGCUUUAGGGCUUAUCUAAUUCGUCGAUCACAGGCUCUCCGUGCCCUUCGGGACCUGGCAGUUGCCAAGACCAAGUUGAAGGAGAUCCGAGCAUCAUUCAAUAAUUUCUCUUACCGCCGCCUUGUGGCUCGUGAUGCUGAGGAGCGUCAAAGGUUCUCAGAGAAAAUUAUUGUCCUGCUUCUUACUGUUGAUGCUAUCGAGGGUGCUGACCUAAUGGUGCGAGCUGCAAAAAGGUCAAUGGUGGAUGAGCUGGAAGCAAUGCUUGAUGUGGUGGAUCCACAGCCUGCCAAGAAAUCGCUCUCCAUGAGGAGGAGAACCUUCGACAUGCCUGACGGUAUGAUUGAGAAGGAAAUCGCUGCAGGAGUUGCAGAGGUUGUCCAAAUGCUUAACAGCGAUGAGAACGUUUCCAACACCUUUGCAACUUGCAUGUGAGAGAGAGCGUGGUAAACUCGGUAAUGUAGUUGCCUCGUUUCGAGGUGCUACUCUUUUCCUGUUGUAGUUUGUUCCUUGAGAUAGUAACGUAGUUGAAGGCAUUCAAGUGACUUGUUUUCCCUUGUGAGUAGAUUCUUCAAUCUCAAGCAAGCUGCUUUUUUUCUUCCAGUACUUGUCUCCUGUUCAAGUCGGUUGUUUACUUCCUCGUUCUCAGACUAUAUUGUUUAUAAUAAAAGACGGUUCACUUUUUGUGUUACA